CUGCUUGUUAUUGGUAGACUGUUAGAGUUGUCUACUCGUUCUCCCACAAUGGCAAUGAGCACGGGGUUGUCGUGCCUUAUGUCAUCACUGUUUUCCAUUAUUUUGUUCGCUGGUAUGCGACUGAUAAAAGAAUGGCUGUGCUCUUCUAAAUCGUUGACAAUCCUUGGCGGUUUCCUAGGCAGUAUAUUGUUUGUCCUAAUCCUUACGGCGCUCAACAACGCAGAAAAUCUGAUUUUUGGUAAGGGUUUUCAGGCGGAAAUCUUUCCUGAAGUUGCGGUCAGUAUUUUUAUCGCUGCGCUGGUUGCCGGCUUUGUUCACCCAGUUAGUGGGACCACUUGCAUUCCUUUUAGCUUGUAUGCGCUGUACCGGAUUAACCAACUGUCAGCAGAACAAUACGGAGCCGUAAAGCAGUCCACCGUUAUUAGUGGCCAGAAGAAGAAGAUCUGAUACAUUUUACACUGCUUUUAAUUCCUCUGGUCUUGUACCAAAUGUCGGCC